GUUUUUCUUGAACUCAAUAUCCACAAAGUCUCGAACUUUCACAGGAGCAGUAUCAUCAAAAAAUGAAAUUCCUCAUUGUUUUAGUUGCCCUUGUUGCCUUGGCAGUGGCUGCUCCCACUCCCGAUGAGCAUGAUGAACACGCCGAUAUUGUGAAGCUCAAUUCGAAAGUUGAUCAUCACAACUAUGCAUGGGACGCCGAGACCAGCAAUGGCAUUCAUCAAGAAGAACAUGGCGAGGUCAAGGAUUAUGGCAAGGAUCAUGCCAUUCUUGUUCAUGGCUCUUACUCCUGGAAGGAUCAUCAUGAUGGUAAAACCCAUACCGUUACCUACUAUGCCGAUGAUCAUGGCUACCAUCCCAAAGUAGAACAUAACUAAGAUGUAUGAUGUUUAUCCAUCCGCAGUGGACCACAGCAGCAAAUUAUGCAAAAAAAUUGCAUUCAAUGAAAAUGUAAAAAAAAAAAUAAUGAAAAUACAAAAAAUUUUA